UCUUGGGGGAGAGAGAGGCCUCGCCGGCUUCCUGCGCUAGGGACCAUGUCGGAGAUUCGGAGCUACGGGGAGAAGAAAGAGAUGCUGCUGGAAGGCGGCGGCGCGUACCUGGAAGAAGGGCAGUGCGACUCGGGUAUCGAUUUUAGCCGUUCCCUGCAUGGUCAGCCUGGGGAAGCAGAGCCCCGGUCCCCGGCUGCCGGAAGGACCCCGCCAGAGAAACUCCCUGGAUCUGCCAGUCAAGGCAAAGAGGAACCGGCAGACGAGAGACUUGAUUCGAGUUACGGCUCUUCGUCUAUUGUGGAGUCCUUAACUGGGCUGCAAGGGGAGCCUAGUUCUGAGAAGGACGACGAGGAGGAGGAGGAGAGGCUCAGGCAGCAGUUGCUGGAGACCCUUGCUUUCCUAUCCGAAGACGGAGACACGUUACUGCACCUGGCAAUCAUCCACUGUAUGCCAUCUAUCGCAUUCUGCUGCAUUGCCCAAAUGCCCGUGGAGGUUCUGGAAUUCCAGAAUGAUUUGUUCCAAACUCCACUUCACUUGUCUGUGUAUUUGGAGCAAUUCGAAGUGGUGAAAGCAUUAAUUCUGAAAGGGGUGAACACUGCACUGCAGGACCGCAAUGGAAAUACUGCUCUGCACUUGGCCUGUGAACAGCAGAGUCUGGAAUGUGUUAAGCUGUUGCUGCCUCUGAAGAAACCAAUCUCUGAGAUGAAGACUAGAAAAACUCUACAAGAUCUGCAGCUCCAGAAUUGGCAAGGCUUAACAUGUCUUCACAUCAGCACCUUGAAAGGAAACCUUCAACUGAUGGCAUUGCUGGUGCAGAAUGGAGCUGACAUUAAUAUACAGGAUGGCACAAGUGGAAAAACACCCCUCCAUCUGGCAGUGGAAAAUCAUGAUGAGAUGGCUGUGAGGCACCUCCUGCGAUUGGGAGCCCAGGUGGAUUCGCAGAUGUACAAUGGCUGCACCCCACUACACCUGGCUGUGGGCAGGAACAAUGCUGCCAUUGCUGCAAUCCUCUGCCAUUCGGGAGCAGAUACCUUAUUGCGGAAUAUGGAAAAUGAGACAGCUCAAGAUCUGGCAGAUGGCAAUGAUGAUAUCCUUACACUUUUGCCUUUUGAUGACUUGAAGAUCUCCGGAAAGCCUGUGAUGUGCUCCAGCCGAACAUCCUAACAUCCAAAUGGGAAAGUUAACCUUGUGAGGGAUAUAACUUUGCUGCUUGAGGCUGACAGUGACCACAGCUGGCCACCAAUGAAUCAUUCUCUUUGUUGUAAUGUGAGCCUUGGGACAACCACAGCUACUUUUUUUUUUGAGACUAUAGAACCAGUGUAAGAAAGGAAAACUGCUUUGUAUGUUGACCUUAAAUGAGAAUGAAUGAGAAUGAGAAUGUGGAAAUGUUGCCUCUUUGAAAGGACACAGGUGUGAAUAGACUGAGCCAAUGCUUGCUUUCCCUGGUUUAUCUAAAUUUGGAGAAACUCCUUAAGAAUUGUGUUCCAGACUGCAUUUGAAUAGAUAUUUCAGAUUUCACACUUUUUUCUUUUCUUCUGUUGCCUAGACUAUGAUGAAACAUGUCAGGAGCUCUCUGUCUUUGUGUCAACCAAAAUAAUUUCUUUUGAAGGUGUUCUUUUCUGAGCAAAAUGCAAUUUUUCUACUCCUUAGCCCAAUCUGCUUUCUUCUCUAGCUAAUUCAGCCUCCACUGUUGCUCAGGCCCCUAGUUGCAGUGUCUAGACACCAGAUUGCCCCACGUCUCCCUUUAACUCUGAUUUUGCCUCCCAUGAAGGUGGGCCAGAGUUGUCAGGACCAGAAAGUUGUGUUGUUCCAGCUUCUGGGACUGAACAAAACAUGAAGACUAGGCUCAUGGGGACAAAUAGCCUUAAUCACUUUUGCCUUGGAAUAAUUGAUGUUCUCGGGGUGAGAGCAAAGGUCAGUUUCUGUUCUACUCAAUUUUAAAGGGAAGUGCCAACUUCUUAGAUUUUUACUUAGGUACCUUUAUGCCUUGCAACUUUGGGACUGAGUCUAUAGUUAAACUUAUUGAGUAAGAGGGGGGCUGCCACCCUUCCUUAGAGACUGAAAGUUCCCAUAUAUCUCCUCGUUUCUUUUGAACAUAAGCUACAAAAGAGAUGUUAAUUUGGCCAUAUUUUUCCAGUUUUAAUUGAUGGGAAAAGGAUUAUCAUAAAUCAGAAUUGUUUCCCACAUUCUUAAGCUUAGCAUUUAAUUGUGUUCAGUUUAUGACUGGAUAAGCUAGUAUCAAUCCAUGGAUGCUUAAGAUUUCUUCUGCAUUUUAGGUAUCACUAUCAUGAAAGGACUGCAGAACCACUGUGGAUUGGAAAGGAUUGGAAGUGACCUGUCAGAUCUAAGCAUUUGUUGGGAGACAGCACUGCCUUUGCUGAUUGUAGUCUCCAAUCUGAUAACACUUACUUUACUUAGAUUGUGCGUUUAGUGAGAAAAUCACUGGAGUCAUCAAAUCAAAGAGAUAGAGUUUCUCAUAUAUAAACUUUAAUCUGGAGCAGGGAAAUUCCCAGUUCCCUCCCUCCUACUGUUUGCUGCUUGGGAGUGGCUGUCAGUAACUGUGGCAAAUCCUAAAUGGCGCAAUGAACUGGGAUGUCCCAGGGAGAGGCUUUGGGUUUUCCUUUUUUCUCUGUUUUCCAGAGAAGAAACUACUUCCAAGAAGAAACGGCAGUUUUGCAAAAUAUUUUCUGUCAAAGUGGUCCUUGAUUUUUAUAUCUUUUUCUAACUUGAGAUCCUUGCUUCUUACUUUCUUUUCCAGUUGUUUUUUUUCUUUUUCCCUUUUGUUUUUCACUGCCAAAAUAAAGUUCUUAAAGUGAACGAAUAAAUAUCUUGCUUUUAUGUGUUGGUCUAGAAAAAAAAUGUUUCUUUUUCUUUUUGGCUUUUGUUUUUCACUGACAAAAUAAGGUUCUUAAAUGAAUAAAUCUCCUGCUUUUAUAUGUUGGUCUAGAUGCAUUUUCUUCAUGUAAUAUAUUCCUCACCUGGGAAAAAUCUUUCAGCUGGAAUUGCAAGGAAAAGUGCAAGUGAGAUUUAAACCACAGUGCAUGAAGAAAACCCCCUCCCCCAGCCCAUGAAUUUCAGGGUCAGUUGGACUGGUGAAAGGAAAAUAUGCAACAGAAAUAAACUGUUUUUCAAAUACGUUUCUGUAAGUUGCUUAGAUCUAAGAUGUGCUACCACCUUGUGGUUGAUUGUAAUACUAGCUUCCUCUUGUGCUUGUCUCCCAACCACAAGUUGCAAAAUUGUGCUAUAAAUGCACUUCAGUUGAAAUAUUCUGCUGUCUCAAUGGAUCCCUGCAGCUUUCUAUGAGUAGAACAAAAUUAGAAUGUUUGAGGAAAAUAAAAUCUAG